AGAUUAAAAAGAAUUAGGGCUGUGAUGGUGAAUGAAGAUAUAAAGCACUGGACUCGACUCACAGUUCUAAGCUCCCACAUUUCCCAAUCUCUUUCCAUUUCCAUGGCAUCUUCCGAGAAGGAUGCGGCUCUUGCAGCUGUUCCCUCCGAUUCCCCCACCAUAUUUGACAAAAUCAUUAAUAAGGAAAUUCCAUCUACGAUUGUCUUCGAGGAUGAUAAGGUUCUUGCUUUUAGGGACAUAUCUCCACAAGCUCCUACACAUAUUCUAAUCAUUCCAAAAGUUAAGGAUGGGUUAUCUGGAUUAUCUAAGGCUGAGGAGAGGCACACAGAGAUUCUCGGUCAACUUCUUUACGCUGCCAAGCUCAUUGCCAAACAAGAAGGGCUGGACGAUGGCUUUAGGGUCGUAAUUAAUGAUGGACCGAGUGGAUGCCAAUCGGUUUAUCAUCUUCAUGUUCACCUUUUGGGGGGACGACAAAUGAAUUGGCCCCCAGGUUAAGAUGGACACUUUUUCAACGUUGAAAUACAUCUAAUAAUGUUUUCAUUUACCUGUUCGAAAACUUUAUCAACUUUAUCAACUACUGCUCGUCCCUUGUGGUCUCUAACAUCCCAUUGAAUAUGGUAAUUGAUACAAGUUUGGUGGCUAUUGUUGUUUUUCUUGAAUAUCUUAUUGAAAAUGGAUGCCAAUGUAAUGUA